UGCGUACAAAAAUGGCAUGCAACUUGUUUAUGUCUCCGAUAUGUCUCUGCUGAUCAUCUGUUGCUUUCUGUGAAUCAUCCUCAGUAUGAACAAAGAGUCGCGGGCUUGUUUUUUCCACCACUUCUUACGCAGUGAGCUUUAAUAUUUGAUAUAGUAAAAAGAAAAAAAAUGACAAAUGCACGUGUCACGAAUCCAUGUUUGAUAUCCUCCUCCUCAGAGCUUGGCGUGUCACUCCCACAGAGGGCAAGCUUUCGCUUACAAAUAAUUGCAAAGAAAGAAGAGAAGGGAAACUGUUAAUCUGACGUUAAUCUGGAUACGUUUAGAUUAUUCUUUUGUUUCGUGUUUUUGUUUUUACAUGGAACAAGUACCCCAAAGACAUAGACAUUUUUGUUUAUACCAAGUAAGUGCUGAUGGAAUGACGUAAUAAUUAAAUGACUGGAAUAAGCGUGGCUCUGUUUAGGAUUCCCUGUUUAUUUUUCCGACCUUUGACACAUGCCCUACACCGAGGAAAGCUGCACAGCUAAUCUGCUCUAUGGGAACCUGCAUGUGACUCAUUCAGUACCCUUCCUGUCCCUCUGCCAGCCGGACUGCGGGGGCCACUCCAUUCCCGGAAUCUUCAAAGUUGCGCGUGGAUACAUGUCCCGGACUACAUUUGAAAAGGAGAGGCACUACCUCCGCAUCCGUGGGACAUAAAACAUGCGAAAAAUAAGAAGGGGUGUCUCAGUCGACCCCCACAAACUCAAACAGGGAAGUCCUUCUACGUGUUCGGGUUUAAUUUUCUCCGCUGAGCGCACACUCAUCCAGUAUCCGCGAUCAUGACUGUGGAUGCUUACAAGGCUCUCUACAUUGGGAUGGAGGUGGUGAUCGCCUUGUCCUCGGUCAUCGGGAACGUAAUGGUGGUCUGGGCUGUGCGCAUUAAUCGGUCUCUGAGAGACACCACGUUUUGUUUCAUCGUCUCCCUGGCCUUGGCUGACAUUGCAGUCGGAGCUCUUGUCAUCCCCCUCGCCAUAACCAUCAGCAUUGAUCUCAAGACACACUUCUACAGCUGUUUGCUGGUCGCCUGCACAGUGCUCGUGCUCACACAAAGUUCAAUCCUGGCGCUGCUGGCCAUCGCCAUCGACCGCUAUCUGAGAGUCAAAAUACCCAUGAGCUACAAGAGGGUGGUGACCCCACGGCGAGCCGGCACAGCGGUUUUAUUGUGUUGGCUGGUGUCCAUCAUAGUGGGUCUCACUCCGAUGCUUGGAUGGAAUAACCUGCAGCAACUUCGUAAAAAUGGCAGCUUGAAAAAUGACACCUUGGUGGUCUGUAAGUUUGAGACCGUCAUCAGUAUGGACUACAUGGUCUACUUCAAUUUCUUUGGCUGGGUGCUGCCCCCUUUGCUACUAAUGCUCGCCAUCUAUGUUGAGAUUUUCUACAUGAUCCACAAGCAGCUCAACAAAAAGGUAACAGCAAGCCACACUGACCCGAGACGCUACUUUGGAAAGGAGCUUAAGCUGGCCAAGUCCCUCGCCCUAGUUCUGUUUCUCUUUGCAGUAAGCUGGCUCCCUCUGCACAUCCUGAACUGCAUUACUCUCUUCUGCCCAGGAUACCAUGAGGUUGGAUUCAUAUACAUCGCCAUCAUCCUCUCUCACGGAAACUCAGCUGUAAACCCCAUCGUUUAUGCUUUCCGCAUCAAGAAAUUCCGCACAGCUUUCCGGAAAAUCUGGAAACAGUACCUGCUCUGUCAGGAUCCAGUUGGUCGUCUCCCUCAAAGAGGAAGCCAGAGAGGUCAGAGUCAUGAGAGGAGGUUGAGGCAGAAUGAUGACGACGACGAUGACGUGUGACCUUUGGUAACUAAUUGGAUUGCUGUGUUACUGUCAAGUGUCAAAACACUUGUUCGCAAAGUGGAAAGGACAUCGGCUUUAUUGUCAGGCUCAACAGGUUUACUGGUUGAAAUGGCUUUCAGAGGAUGUCCAAUGUCUGAAUGAUUUCCUCCAACCACAUGCACCAACAAGGAGAGAGGAUUAAAACUCAGCUCGGGGAUGAGAUCAACACUAUAAAUCAUACUGAUUUCUCCAUUGGCUGAUAAAAUACCGAUUGUGUUACAUGGGACUAGCACUCCCUCGCUUUCAAAGCCAAUUUUUUGGACUAACUAAGUGUAUAUUUGGAGCACAUGUGGUACAAUAAUAGUGUCUGCUGUAUUGUUUUCUUUUCUUUAACCUAAUUAAAACUCAUGGCCUUUUUUAUGUGAUUGAUGUCCAAUAUUUGUCCUAGUGUGUGCUACCUUAACAUGCUUUGUUCUGUGGCCUUGAGGACAGAAAAUUUAACAAAGAACUGAAGCAAAUUGUAGCCUAGUGUUAACAGUGACAGUUUGUUAAACAGGAAGUGUACUCAACAAGCUCAGCGGUGUGAGGGUAUAACUGGAACUGUUUGUAACUAAUCAAACUCGUGGACUUUACAAAUGUGUUGACCUGUUCUCAUUUCCAACUUGUCAUGUAUUAAUAAUCAGGACACAUUAUUUAGCAUCAUUGUUCAAUGUACAGCGCAGUCCAAUACAGGUCAAUAGAAGUUCCCUAAGUCAGGAAAUGAGACACUAUGAGACCAUGCGAAAAAGGGCUUCACUGACAUGCAACCGUGGCAACCAAGGAAAAACGAGAAAAGCUUGUUGCAAAUGGAAGAUGUUUGCCUUUGUCAAUGUGAAAUGAUGUAUUUUAACCCAAACCGGUUUUUCUCCUAAGCCUUACCAAAGUGCUUAAAGAACUCAAGUCUGCACAGUUUUUAUUUGGAUCAUAUUUACUAAAUCUCGCAUUUUUCUGCAAUUUAUUUACGUUUGUGAAGAAAAAAGGCACACUGAUGAUUUAGACGUCUCAAGAACUCCUGUAUCAAAUACGAUACACUUGGUGUUACAGAGUUAAUGGGCAGCCAAAUCCAGUAAAAACCACUUCAUCCUUAUUUUGGCCCAAAAUAAGCCUUAUAAAGCUUCCUCCCCCCCUGCAAGGUUAUGGAAAUGGUUGUGACCUCUCUUGUGAGUCUUUGGUGGCAGUGUUUAGUAUUUAAGAAUGCUUCCAGUUAAUUAUAUUCAGGAGCAGUGUUGGUCAAGUUACUUGAAAAAAGUAAUCGGUAACUAAUUACUGAUUACUUCACC